AUGUCCGCCCUUGUUUUUGCCACCUACCGUUAUAACCCUCUGCGCCCUUCGGCUACAGUCCUGCGAUGUGCGGCUCAUAGGCAUGUCUCGCCUCACACGCUCUCCGCACAGCCUGCGUGGAACCCUCUGAAUCUGGCUCGACAGUUCUCGGUGCAUUCACCGGCACGCGCCUCGAACGACAAGAAGCUUAGGUUUAAGGAGCUCAGAGAGAACAUUUACACCAUUCCCAAUAUCUUGACCGCGUCUCGCAUCCUCGCAUGCCCCGCUAUCGGCUAUGCCAUCAUCCACGACAACUUCCCUGUUGCAACAGCUCUCCUUGUGUAUGCUGGCCUCACAGACACGGUUGAUGGUUGGAUUGCUCGCCGGUUCAAGAUGACGUCUGUUCUCGGGACCGUCCUCGAUCCUGCCGCAGACAAGACCCUCAUGACCACGCUGACCGUCACCCUGGCUAUGAAAGCGAUGAUUCCGGUACCCCUUGCCAUCAUCAUUCUCGGCCGAGACGUCCUGCUGAGCCUGUCAGCGUUCUACAUCCGCUACAAAACGCUUCCUGCACCAAAAACCUUCAGCCGAUAUUGGGAUAUGUCCAUACCGUCCGCUGAAGUGCACCCCACACGCAUCAGCAAGGUCAACACGCUGUUACAGCUGCUCCUCAUGGCUACAACCACAGUCAGCCCUGUGCUCGGGCCUCUUCUUCCGUUCAGCGUCACUCCAGCGCUAGAAGCAUUUCAAUGGAUCGUCGCAAGCACAACACUUUGGAGUGGCGCUUCUUAUAUCUUCACCAAAGAUGCCGUGCGUAUCGUGUCUGCAGGACGGAAGCCACCUACAUAA